AUGGGAGUGCCAGCUCAAGAGAUGGCCAGAGCCCUUAGAGAGUCAAUGGAUAUUCUCAGAGCCAAGCAAGCUGCUAGAACUAUUAAAGGGAAGACUAGAGUUUCUUUCUUGAAAAAAAAAAAAAAGUUUUUUCGUUCCAAUCCUGUGGAAUUUCUUAGGGGUGUUGAACCGUUAAAGACAGAUGAAUGGCUUAAGCCAAUGAUCAAAUCUUUUGAGAUUUUAGAUAUUCGAGAUGAGAAAUACCUUCCUCCAAUUGCGAGGGAACGUUUGCGGAGAGAGUUUGAGGAAAUUGAACAAUCUGACUCCACCGUAGGGGAGUUUGAGGCUACCUUUACGAGUUUAUCUCGUUUUGAACCAAAUCUUGUGGCUAUAGAAAAACGUAGGUGUCUAGAGUUUGAGAAGAGACUGAGGCCGAGAAUCUUGAUGAAGGUGAUGGGAAAUAUGAUCCAAGAUUAUGACCGGUUAGUGAAAUCCAUGACACGCAUUGAGAUCAUGCUUGAAGGCAAGAAAAAGAGACAGCGACUAAAGAGGCAAGGGUUUAUCGAGUCUCGAGGGGAUUCUAUGGUAUCCAAAAGGUCGAAGAGUUCUACAUCUUCUCAUCUACCACUGUUACUGGCUGUGUCAUUGAAUCAUAUAUCAGGAAAGAGUAUGGAUAGUACAGGACAAAGUUGGAUUACUUGUUAUCGAUGUGGUGAGCAAGGUCAUAAGUCCUUUACAUGUCCACGAAGACAUCAACCUUCUAUUCGUCUUCAGAAUCAGACCUUGGGUGGAAGUCAAUUGCUCGCUUGUUAUUAG